GUUCAAAACGUUGCUUCUUUCAUUCAGAAGCUUGUUUUGUUGUUUGUGUCUUAAAUCAGCUUUUGUUGUGUUUGAUCAAUUUUAUCAUCUGAAAAUGUCUUGCUGUGGUGGAAACUGUGGAUGCGGAAGUAGCUGCAAGUGCGGCUCUGGCUGUGGCGGAUGCAAGAUGUAUGCUGAUUUGAGCUACACAGAAUCAACAACCUCUGAGACCCUCAUCAUGGGAGUUGGAUCUGAGAAGACUCAAUUUGAGAGUGUUGAGAUGGGAGCUGAGAAUGAUGGAUGCAAAUGUGGAGCAAACUGCACCUGCAACCCAUGCACCUGCAAAUGAAGUGGUUUUUACCCAGUUUAGUGGCAGGAAAUAUAAUAAUAAUAUUAAUAAGUUAUGAUUAUGUACUAGUAGUAUGUUUUAUGUGAACUCUGGUGUUUGGUUUAAAUGUCAAAACACCCUUUUAGAGUUAUAAUAAAAUAAAGUUGUUGUAUUAUGUUUAAAAUCUUUGAGCAAAAUCCAAUGUUUUGGAUUUGUGAUGGGUGUAAUCUAAUUUUUAAACAUAGUUUCUUUGUUUGAUUA